CGCUGUCGCCGCGAGCAGCCACAGUGGAUCCAAAGUCGUACGUAUACGUUAUUUUCGAAACCAUCGUCGAACGAGGCGGACGUGUUGCUGGAUGCUGGCGCUCGCGUUGCGGUAUUCCGUUUUUUUCGAAUAAACAAACACACAAAAAAUUGUUAACACAAUUUUGUUGGUUCUAUUGUGCGGAAAUCGAGUGAGAGGGGAAAUAAACAGAAACCGCAAGCAAAAGCAACAACCUGGCGCGUCUUUGUGUGUGCCUGUGUGGAGAGGAAAACGAAAGGGGAGCAGAGUGUAAAUAAUACAAGUGCGUGUGUGUAUGUGAGAGAAAUAUGGAAAUUGAAAAUGCAAUUAAUUGCAAAUUAAUGUCAAGCCAUAGAAAUCGCUCAAUUGUUUAAAAAGUGCAAGAGAAAAGUGUCGUUUUGUUGUUGUUUAUGUCAACGCGGAAGCUAAAAGUCUGUCGUGAAAAGUCUACGUAUAUCUUUAUUUUUGCAACAACAAUAAGCCAUCGAGAAAAGUGCUGAAAUCGUCAAUUUCAAAUCGGAGCUGCCGAGAAGUCUAUACUAUAUAAAAAUAAAAACAAUUUUUGGUAAAAUGGCCACCAAAAUCUCAGAAAAAUAAACAAGGAAAAAAUGAUUGCAAAUUGCUCGAAAUAAAAAUGAGAAACCAAGCUAAAAAAGAACUGCAAUAACUUAAGCUCAAACUGAGAUUUUAAGGCCCAGUCGAACGUGGAAUUGUCUUGACCCACAGAGAGGCGCCUCCGAGUAAAGAGAGACAGGUAUAAACGUCAGUAGAAAGAGACACAAUGCGUAUGGGUAGCAGACUGAGUAUUGGCGGCUUUAUGCUCGCCCUGGCCGUAAUGCUAACGCAGGCACGUUUCAUUGCGAAAAGAGAAACCGCUCAGUUGGAUCAAGCGGUGGCUUCCACUUCCAUUUCCACUGACCCUGACAUUGUUACGCCGGCCAGGGAAAGCGGGAAUGUCGGGGCAGUGGAUGAAACAAAAGCCGAAUUUCUGGGAGAGACCCAGGAAGCUAAGCCUGAGUUGGAAGAUGAAACUGUAACCCUCUCAGAGAGCCUAAAGACUAAGCCUACAGAAGAGGAAAUCUCAGAAGUCAGUAGGUCAUCCGAUGGAGAACUGGAAAAAGAACAACCAAAACCAAAGGAGGAGGAAACUUUGGGCACUCAGUUAGAGAAGGAAACCCAAGGAAGGUCCAAGAAUGAGGAAAUUCUUGCUCAUGCGUUUACAGAAGACUCAACCAUUAUCAACAAGACUCACCUGGAGAAUAAACAAAGUGAAGCUCCAGUCAAAGAAGUUUCAAGCACAAUCUCAGAACCUAAAGAACUAAAGAAGGCGGAAGUCAAUGAAUCUCUUUCCAAGGAAGAACCCCCAAAACAGUCUGAAAUCCUUGCAAAAACUACAGAAACUCCAGCCAGUACCACCACCGAGAAUCUCCUAAUAAAACCUGCAACUCUAGGCAUUUCCAGCACCACCGAGAGAGCUCCAAAUACCACUACUCGAUCCUCCGAGCAUGGUCGAUCCAUGCAGUACUCCUCAACCACUGAAGAGGCGAUCCAAACCCUGGCUGCAGUAACACCCAUGAAAUUAAGGGCCCUGCCCAUGACAUCCACUACCAAAAAAACCAUCUCAACUAGUGCUCCCUCGACAAGCACGCCUUCUACCUUUGCCUCCAACGAAAACGCCAUCGAAGAGUCUACUUCAGAGUCAGAGCCAGGUCUUCGCCAGUUGCCCGAGAAGCGGGCCAAGUUCAUCAGUGAAAACUCCACAAAUGCCCAGCAAUUGACGCUGCCCAAUACCGCAGAGGUUUGGAGUCUGGCGGGGAUGAAGGCUGUGCCAAAGGCGGCUCCUCUUCCGCUGAUAACAAGCACGACUGUAUUGCCACUCCUGAAUCACACAGAUUUGGCCAAUGACAUAGAAGGACCCAUGCAGCAGAACCGAACGCAGCAGCAGGAGCAGCCCCAAGUGAAGGAGAAGAACCUACUGGACUGGCAGCAGAUUGCAAUGAUGGAGAAUCGAACCGAGUUUGUGGUCAGAACUACCUUAGAAGCAACUGAGGGAGCAACGCAAGCCACCACUGAACCCUUGGAGGAGGAGAGUCAUCCAAAGAGUGAAAUGACUCAAGGAUUAGGAGAAACCACCCCUGCGGCAGGUGAAGAAAGUUCCUUUGAUGAGAAACCAGCCACGACCACUGCUCGAACGGAGUUACUAGAUGUUCCAAUGGUCAAAAAGAUGUCCGAUGCCGCCAACGCCGAGCUAAAAGAGGCGAUAAUAGAGUCAAUAACAGAGGCUCAAAAUGAGACAAAAGCCACAACAGAGGCUUUAGUAGACAUUCCCCUAACAGAGCCACCCCCAACAGCAGCUGUUACAGCGAGGGUGGCUUUAACAAAAACAGCUGUAUCAGGUGAAAUGUUACCUUUAGUUAAUGCCACAACUGGGGAGCUAGAAUCCGAGCAACAUAAUUCAACUGAAAUUGAUUCAGAGGCAGCAGCAGCAGCAGCAGUUUCUGAAGCCGUGACAUUAGCAACAAUUGAAAAAACAACAACUCCCAAGGCAGUCCUAGAAGUCUUAGCAACCACAGAGGCAACACCAACUUUUGCAGCCACAGAAGCAACAACAACUCCGAAGGCAAUAUCAGUUGUAAUUUCUUCUGUUAGUUCAGAAAUCCCUGUAAUUAGCAGCACAACUGAAAUGGCAAUUCAAGCCUCUCCUGUAAAUGUCAGUAAAAUCAGCAACAAUAAAACCGAAGCUUACGAAUCGGUAAAUAUUAACAGCACUGAAGGCAGCAGCAGAAACAUAAACAACAACGAAAACUUAGCAUACGAGGUAGAUAAUACCAGUAACGACGUCAUCGUAGCCACAACCAACAGGCCAGAGAGUGAGCAGAGAGCAACAGCGUCGUCAGUCGUCGAGGCAAAAGCAGAGGCACCGACACAAACCGAGGCAACAGUCAGUGGAAAAUUGAAUGGCGAGGUGAGCACUACGAGCACAACUCGGCCAGAUAUAUCCGUAACCGGGACGAGUGCAAUUACGGGCACAAGUACGAGUGCGAGUACGUCGACUCUAGCUACGCCUACGCCAACGGAAGUGGCUCAAAUUAGCAAUGAAGUGAAUUUGGAGGCAGUGACAGUGAAGAGUGCAAACGAAAACGGCCAAGACCUGGGUGUCUCAGGCCCAAUAACGGCCGAGAAAACCGAUAACGCGGUCAAUAACAGUGUGGCCAUAACAGAGAGCGAGUCAGCAGCAGGAACAAGCUCCACAACGACAACAACAACCACAACCGGCAGUCCGCUCAAUGACCUCGGUAAACUUAGCCCAGAGCACGAGUCCUCACUGGAAACCAACAACAUAGGGGAGGCGCCCGAAUCCACAACAGCAGCAGCAGCAGCAACAUCUGCCACGGAUGAAAGCACACCAACAGCAGGAACAGCAACAGGUGGUCAACAGGUAAAGGAGCCCCUGCACCAUGAAGGGCAACAGGUGGUCGAAGAGCAGGAUACAGAGCAAGAGCUAACCAAGACCACAAUGGCAGUUGUAACCAGAACCAGUUCGACAACGGAGACGCCCUCGAUCAGUACCAGUACCAGCACUACAAUGCAACCACCGGUGAUAAGUCUCCUGGACGAUAGCACCACUACCACCACUACCACUACGACGACAACCACAGCUGCUCCUGCUACGGAGGAGUAUACAGAUCCUCCAAUAGUGAUCAGCAGCAGCAGCACUGAGAGCAACAUGUUGCCCCUAGAAACUACUACCACCACUCAAUUGCCACCGCCCACCUUUAUGGCUCCUUAUCCCAACGAACUGGAUCACAUGCAGACCAAUGCCCAGGGAAACGGCACGGAUGUCAAUGUAAUCAUAGCCAUCACAGUCAGCGUGAUUGGCGUAGUGGCCCUCAUCCUGCUGGUGGCCUUCCUUUAUUUGAUGAGAAAGCGACAGAAGCAGACUUCCUAUGGCCAGCGCUGUCGUCCGGUUAGCCUGGAUGCCUACUCCCUGGACAAUGUCUCAGUGCUGGGCAGCGUGCGAAGGAAGGGCAGGGAUGUGAGAGCCUCUAAGAGAACCUAUGGCAAUGCUGCCUUUGAUGAUCCUUCGCUAAGGCAUAAUCUUUUGAAUGCCAGUGAGCUGGCCCGCUUUGUGGAGAGGCGAUCCGAUGUCUUUGAGGAGUUCAGGGAUGUGCCACAGAUCAUAGCCAGAGCGGAUGAGGUGCCACCGGGCUGUGAGGAUAAGAAUCGCUACGCCAACGUGAUUCCGCUUCCUGAGACGCGUGUGGUGCUCCAGCGGCAAGGCGACGAUGACAAAACGGAAUACAUUAAUGCCAAUUAUGUGCGGGGCCCACGAGAUGCGCCCAAUUACUACAUAGCCUGCCAGGCGCCGCUGGAGAGCACGACGAGCGAUUUCUGGCGCAUGAUCUGGGAGCAGCAGUCGCGCGUGAUCAUCCAGGCGACGGAUCUCAGCGAGAAUGGAAUCGAGAAGUGCGCCGAAUACCUGCCGCCAUCGGCCACGCUGGAUAAUCACAGCAGCUACGGCGAUUACCAGGUGACACUGAAGCAUCGCGAGGUGAAGGAUAGAUAUGCCAUAUCCACGCUGGUUUUGAAGCGUGUAGAUGGAGAGGAGAGCCGCGAGCUCACCCACUACUGGUACAAGUGGCCCGAGGCGGGAGUGCCCGCCGAAGAGGCACCCAUCAUAGCCAUGCUUCUAGAGGCAAGAUCCUCUCUCAAGUCUUACUGCCUAGAGCAGGCCAAUGAGCUGAGGGAGAAAUCGGCGACGCUGGAGACAUCGCUGGAUGCAGAUGGCGGCGGUGGUACCAAAUCAGAGGCGGGCAGCACGUCCAGCAAUGAGAUUAAUGGAAACAUUUCCAGCAGGAGUGCAGCCAGAAACCAGCAAGGACCGCUAACCGUUCACUGUUCUCCAGGCACGGGACGUACCGGCACCAUUAUUGCCUCAGACAUGGCCAUUCGUAGUCUGGAGACCCCAAAGCGUUCGGUGGACAUACCACAGCUGGUGUACUACGUCCGUAGGGGACGGGCCAGUGCAGUCCAGACCAAGGAGCAGUAUGAAUUUAUCUACAAGGUGGCCAGCAUGUAUGCGGCCAAGAUCACAAAUCUGUCCAACGAUAACUGAAGAACCAAGCCCAGAAUCGAGUGGAAAGCGAGCUGAUCCCCAAGCAGGGAUCACGUUAUCAGUAGCAAAAAGUAGCUGUUUUAUAUACGAAAUAUUAGUGUAACUUAGUAUUAUGCUCUGAUUUAAAAGUCGUUAUAUUUGUCGGGCUUUAAAAAAAAUAUCAUUUAAAAUGUAUGUAUUCCUUUAUUAUUGUGAUAUAAUCGUACAUUCUUAUAUCUCUCGAUAAUCUGUUGCAUAUUUAUAAUGUCAAUUUAUGUUUGUUUUGUUUUCUGCACUCGGCGCCAUGGCGGAACAAUUGAGAAAUAUUUGGAGCUCUCCAUUUAUGUUUUAAGAAAGUCAAAUAUGUAAUCCAACUAUGUAAAUGUAUCUAUUUUAAACGAGCUUUAAUGUACGUAAGUUAAUUUUAAGUAUACACACACCGAGCUGUACUGUACUCAUUCAUAUUAUUGUGAAAUAUAGAAAAAAAGAAGAAAAUCUAUUCAGCA